AUGAAAGUUAUUAUUACUCUUAAUUCUGAACAGCAUGAAAUUGAAUUGUAGGAUCCAACAAUUGAAGCUUUAAUUCUUGUUAUCUAAGAUCAAUUUAAUAUAGCUUUCAAUUUUGAAUUACUUACAACUGACAAUUAGACAUUGACUGAACUAUAAGAAGGAAUGCAAAUAAUAGUAGAAAAAGUCAAAAAUGACAAGGCCAAUUUACAAAAAUUUAAAUCCUUCUUUUCAAUAGCAGGAUCAAUUAUUAAAUCAAAAACAAUUAGUCACGGUUUCUCUAUAUCAACAUUCAAUUAAGUACAGAGAUAGAAAUCAUUGGAUUAAAAAUCAGAAUAAAGAAUUUAGACUCCAGAACAAUAAGCUUAACAAAUAAAUACAAAUAUUUAAUCCAUUAAUGAAUAAAAUAUUUAAAAAUGCGAAUUAUCAGGGAUCCUAUAAUAAGAUUCAGCCAUGAUUUUGGAUGAAAAAUAAUCUGAUAGAUUAUUGUUGAAUGAAUUACAGGAGUAAGCAGAAUAAAAUCAAAAAUUACAUAAUUCUCAAGAAUAAAAGAAGAGACCAAAAAAUCAUUCCAUUAAAUAAUAGUCAUAAACAACCAAAGAAUAAGCUUUUGCUUAUGCAGAAGAAUUAGCAAGUAUCCCCAGACCUAAUAAGAGAUAACUAAUUUUAUAGAGAAUGGAAGAGGACAAAGCAGAAAAAGAAAGAAUUGCAAAAUAAUAAUAAGAGGCAAAUAGAAUAAUCAAGUAGAUUUAAGAAAAAAUGAAACAGAAGGAGUUAUUACUUAAAUAGAAAGAAGAAGCUUUAUAGGUCACUGAAUUAGAAAAGCGAAAAGCUGUUCUAGCUUAAAAAAGAGAGUUGAGUUAACCAAUCAAAUUAAGUGAAUUGACAGAACAUUAAAAGAAAUAUGAGGAGGAGAGGAAGAUUAAAGAAUUUGAAAGGGAACAUCAUAAGUAAGAAAUAGAAACUGAAAUUAAAUAAAAAUCCUUCAAAUUUCCAAAAAGCCAAGCCCAAAUAAGAGUUGAAGAAGAAUAAAAGAUGUAAAAAUUGAUACGGGAAUAAGAAAUGGAAUAAAAGAAGUUAGCCAGAUUGAAAUAAUUAAAGUAUGCUGAUGUUGCACAAGAGAUAUAUUUUAAAGAGCAUCCUGUAAAGCCUAAAUAAUCUCCUCCUCCAAAAGAAGAUUAAUCUAAACAAAUCAAGGAAAUUCAAGUCACUGAACAGAACCUAAGGAAAAUUAAGAAAUUUGUUCCUCAAUAAAGACAUUUUAGUCAUGAUUCUAAAGAUUCAAUUACUGAUCUAAGUAACCAUUAAGAAAAUAGACCACCAAAACCAUAAAUCAAAAAGUAAUAAAAGGUCCUAGAAAAAGCAGAAAAGCCUUCAGAACUUCCACCUAAACCUAAAACAACUGAUUAUCUCUAAUAAUUAAGACAGUAAAGAAAAGUAUAAGUAAACAUGGAAGAUCAAUGGGAAAAAAUAAUUGAAAACAAAGGGUUAGAAAAUGAAUAAAAAGUUUAAAAUGUUUUGAAUAAUGUUUAGAGAUUAGAGUAAAAGGCAAAAGAAAGAGAAAAAUUGGCUUUAAUUAAUCGAGAUUUAGAAGCAGAAGAAGAAGCAAAUAAUUUAUAUAUUGCCAGCAUAAGAGCUAAAUUAGCAAUUCUGGAGAAAAAUUGA